UUCAACGUGACCUGAAGAAAGCGGAAGCAGAGGACUCCGCCGCAGAGAGAAGGCUGAGGAAAUAAACAAAAUAUAGACGGUGACAUCUUUAUGAUUUUAAACCGUAAAGACACCGAAUAUAAAGUCACCGUUUGUCAGUUUGACGUGUCAGCUACCUGAGCCGGAACUCACCUGACAGCUAGGAGAUUCUGAAACAUCUGACUCUUUACUGAUUUACUUCAUCUAACGUCUGUAAUCACCGACUUUUAUCAUCAAACCCCGUCAGGAUGCAGAGCACCACAAACUACCUGUGGCUGAUCUCAGACCUGCUGGGUCAGGGAGCCACGGCCAACGUGUACCGCGGCAGACACAAGAAAACCGGAGACCUGUACGCCGUCAAAGUGUUCAACAACCUGAGUUUUUUGAGGCCGCUGGACGUCCAGAUGAGAGAGUUCGAGGUUCUGAAGAAACUCAACCACAAAAACAUCGUGAAGCUGUUCGCCGUGGAGGAAGAGUCAAACACUCGUCAUAAAGUCCUGGUGAUGGAGUACUGUCCGUGUGGAAGUCUCUACACGGUGUUGGAGGAGUCGUCCAACGCGUACGGCCUCCCCGAAGACGAGUUCCUGAUCGUCCUGCACGACGUCGUGGCAGGUAUGAACCACCUGAGGGAGUACGGUAUCGUCCACCGGGACAUCAAACCAGGAAACAUCAUGCGAGUGAUCGGAGAGGAGGGGCGCUCCGUCUACAAACUGACCGACUUCGGCGCCGCCAGAGAGCUCGAUGACGACGAGCAGUUUGUGUCUCUGUACGGCACGGAGGAAUACCUGCACCCGGACAUGUACGAGCGAGCCGUGCUGAGAAAAGACCACCAGAAGAAAUACGGCGCCACGGUCGACCUGUGGAGCAUCGGAGUCACGUUUUAUCACGCCGCCACGGGCAGCCUGCCGUUCAGACCAUUCGAGGGGCCGCGCAGGAACAAAGAAGUCAUGUAUAAAAUCAUCACAGAGAAGCCGUCGGGGACGAUCUCCGGACAUCAGAAGAGCGAGAACGGGAAGAUCGAGUGGAGCACCGAGAUGCCCGUUUCCUGCAGCCUGUCCAAGGGUCUUCAGAGUCUCCUGACUCCGGUCCUCGCCAACAUCCUGGAGGCGGAUCAGGAGAAGUGUUGGGGCUUCGAUCAGUUCUUCGCUGAGACCAACGACAUCCUCCACCGCACCGUGGUCAACGUGUUCAGUCUGCAGCAGGCCACGCUGCACCACGUCUACAUCCACGAGUACAACACGGCGGCGCUGUUCCAGGAGCUGAUGUCCCGCCGCUCCAGCAUCCCGCUGCACAACCAGGAGCUGCUGUACGAGGGGCGCCGCCUCGUCCUCGACCCGAACCGCCAGGCCAAGACGUUCCCCAAGACGUCCCGGGACAAUCCCAUCAUGCUCGUGAGCCGCGAGUCCGUCACCACCGUGGGCCUCAUCUUCGAAGACCCGAGUCCUCCUAAAGUCCAGCCUCGCUACGACCUCGACCUGGACGCCAGCUACGCUAAGACGUUUGCCGGCGACGUCGGUCACUUAUGGAAAACCUCGGAGUCUCUGCUGGUUUAUCAGGAGCUCGUGAGGAAAGGAGUGCGCGGCGUGAUCGAGCUGAUGAAGGAGGACUACAGUGAGAUUCUGCACAAGAAGUCUGAAGUGUUCCACUUGUGUAACUUCUGCACGCAGAUCCUGGAGAAGACGGAGCAGCUGUUCGAGGUGCUGAUGCAGGCCAACAUGAUGUCAUCGGAGUACGACGAGAUCUCAGACAUGCACAAGAAAAUCCUCAGAAUCUCCAGCUCUCUGGAGCCCCUGGAACGAACCGCUCAGGACAUCAAGAGUAAGUCUCCGGGAGGUCUGCUCACCGAAGGCUGGACGCAACAAGUGGGGACGCACCCCGAGGAUAGGAACGUGGAGAAAAUCAAAGUCCUGCUGGACGCCAUCACGGCCAUCUACCAACAGUUCAAGAAGGACAAAGCGGAGAGACGUCUGCCGUACAACGAAGAACAGAUCCACAAAUUUGACAAACAGAAGUUGGUGCUUCACGCCAGUAAAGCGAGAUCUUUGUUCACGGAGGAGUGCGCCAUGAAGUAUCGCCUCUUCAUCUCAAAGAGCGAGGAGUGGAUGAGGAAGGUGCACCACGUGAAGAAGCAGCUGCUCAACCUGUCGGGUCAGCUGAUCGGCAUCGAGAAGGAGGUCACCAUGCUGAUGGAGCGAGCCAUCAAGCUGCAGGAAGUGCCGCCUCAGAAAGUUCUUCCUCUGGUGUCGAGCGGGAUGAAACCUCCGGCCUACCUGAGCCAGAACACGCUGGUGGAGAUGACGCUCGGGAUGAAGAAGCUGAAGGAGGAGAUGGAGGGCGUCAAAGAGCUCGCAGAGAACAACCACUUCUUAGAGAGGUUCGGGACGCUGACGCUGGACGGAGGCCUGCGAGGCUAAAAAAGCAACCUGAAGUCUGUACAUAUUUUUGUGUUUAUCUUGUAAAUACGUCGGGACUGUGACACAAAGCUUUUUGUAUGAGCGGUUCAGAUGUGCUCAUGAACACGUGACAAAAACUCUGCAUCACGAAGAGCUUCAGCUCACCUUUAAAGGUCACAUAUUAUCCUCCAACACAGAACAGAACAGGCUGUUUCUGUGUCUGUACCUUUAAAUAUGUAAAU